AUGUCACAGAACCAGUACAAAUCGAAACAAAAGCUUGCGCCGGAGAAGGAAAGGUUCCUCCAGUGCUGUGGGGACAUUUCGCUAGAGCUCGUAGCAGGACUUCAGAAGUCUAAGGACAUCAACCUCAAUGGGCUCAUCAUCCGCUACGCGAAGAAGUACAAGCUCAAGCAACAGCCGCGGUUAACAGACAUUAUUUCCUCGAUUCCCGACCAGUACAAGAAGUACCUUAUUCCAAAAUUGAAGGCCAAGCCGGUGCGUACCGCAUCGGGAAUCGCCGUCGUCGCCGUCAUGUGCAAGCCCCACCGAUGCCCUCACAUCGCUUACACCGGGAACAUCUGCGUGUACUGUCCGGGCGGGCCAGACUCUGACUUUGAGUACUCGACCCAGUCAUACACAGGGUACGAGCCAACAUCGAUGAGAGCCAUCCGCGCGAGAUAUGACCCGUACGAGCAGGCCAGGGGGCGCAUCGAGCAGUUGAAACAGCUUGGCCAUUCCAUCGACAAGGUGGAGUAUAUCAUUAUGGGUGGCACAUUUAUGUCCUUGCCUAUCGAAUACCGUGAAGGGUUUAUUACCCAGCUUCACAACGCAUUGACAGGGUUUAACGGUACUAAUAUCGACGAGGCGAUUGCGUACUCCCAGCAGUCAUACACAAAGUGCGUGGGGAUCACCAUCGAAACCAGGCCGGAUUAUUGCACGGAGACUCAUUUGUCCGAUAUGUUGAAGUACGGGUGUACACGGCUAGAAAUUGGGGUGCAGUCCGUGUAUGAAGACGUCGCGAGAGACACCAACAGGGGACACACCGUGAAGGCGGUGAGCGAAACCUUUGCGUACGCGAAGGACGCCGGGUACAAGGUGGUAAGCCACAUGAUGCCGGAUCUUCCAAACGUGGGAAUGGAACGUGACUUGGAACAGUUUAAGGAGUACUUUGAGAGCCCUGACUUUAGGACCGAUGGGUUGAAAUUGUAUCCAACGUUGGUCAUUCGUGGGACCGGGUUGUACGAAUUGUGGAAGACUGGGAGAUACAAGUCGUACAAUGCGAACGCGUUGAUCGACUUGGUGGCACGGAUUAUGGCUCUUGUUCCACCAUGGACCAGAAUCUACCGUGUCCAGAGAGACAUUCCGAUGCCGUUGGUCACAUCGGGGGUGGAGAACGGCAACUUGCGUGAGCUCGCGCUUGCCCGAAUGAAGGAUUUUGGCACCAGCUGCAGGGAUGUUCGUACCAGAGAGGUUGGGAUCCAGGAGGUCCACCACAAGGUCCAUCCCGACCAGGUAGAGUUGGUAAGGCGUGACUAUUACGCUAACGGUGGCUGGGAAACGUUCUUAUCGUACGAAGAUCCCAAACAGGACAUUCUCAUUGGCUUGUUGCGUUUGAGAAAGGCGUCGAAGAAGUAUACUUACAGAAAGGAAUUGACCAAGCAGCCGUCAUCGAUUGUCCGAGAGUUACACGUGUAUGGGUCUGUUGUUCCGUUGCACUCGCGUGAUCCGCGUAAAUUCCAGCACCAGGGUUUUGGGACCUUGUUGAUGGAGGAGGCUGCCCGUAUUGCCCGCGAGGAGCACGGCAGUGAGAAAAUCAGUGUUAUCAGUGGUGUCGGUGUGAGAAACUACUAUGCCAAGUUGGGGUAUUUCCUUGAUGGGCCGUACAUGUCCAUGAUGUUGAACGAGGAGUAA